GAAAUACCACCAGUUCUUUCCGCGUCAAAUCCCACUCCACGGUAUCUUUCUGUACGUAUAUAUGUAUCUUAUAGCAGAGAAGAUAAGACAGAAAACGUUGCUUCCCGCGUAACCCAUCUGCAAUCUGAAUUAAAUGAAUGCGUGCAAGCUAUUUGUUCAUAAUCUAAAACCACGACCGCCACAAUUUCUUGGGGUGCUUAACGGUUUCAAUUGACUUUAAGCUUCUUCUUUCCUUAUCAGCCUCAAUCUUUGUCUUUGUCCCAUUACAUUUUGUCCUUUAUAAAUACACAAUCAUUUUUUCCUUUUAUAAACUAGUAACUACUUCAAAUGCUCUUUAAUUUAUCCAAUAAAAUCUCUCCUUUUCUGUCUUGGAAUACUGUUUGUUUCUGAUCUUUUUCAAUCAAGAGUUUAGUACUCCAGUCAUUUUCUAUCAGGUUUGGGACCAUGGGAAGCCAUAUGAGCAAGAAGCCUCAGGAAACUACUAGUGCAAUCAACGAUCUGAAAUCUUAUGAAGCCACGUGCAGGGUCGACAUAGAUUUAAAAUCCUUUGAUAGAACUCUUGAAGCGCGAACUAACAAAGUUAUCAAUGCUCUUGCUGUUGGGGUUGAGGUUAAAGCCCUGUCGUUUGAUUCCUUGAAGGAAGUCACAGAAUGUCUGUUGGAGAUGAAUCAGGAGGUUGUUAAAGUUAUCUUGCAUUGCAAGAAAGACAUAUUGAAGAAUCAAGAAUUAUUCGAGCUAGUCAAGGAGUACUUUGAGAAUAGCCUCAAGACUCUAGACUUCUGUACUGCAUUGGAGAAGUGCUUAAAGCGCGCUCGUGAUAGUCAAUUGCUUAUUCUUGUGGCACUUCAACAAUUUGAAGAAGAAGACAAGGUGGAAGGGAACAAUAGGUACACUAAGACAUUGGAGGAGCUGAAGAAUUUCAAGAAUGCUGGCGACCCUUUCACAGAAGAAUUUUUGCAAAUUUUUCAAUCUGUUUACAGGCAGCAAAUGCACAUGUUGGAGAAGUUGCAAAUGCAAGAGGGCAAGCUUCAUAGGAAGCUGAAAUCUAUCCAUGCUUGGAAAAAGGUGUCGACCAUUAUAUUUGCAGCUACAUUCGCUGCUGUUCUAAUUUGCUCGGUAGUGGCUGCCACCGUGGCUGCACCACCUGUGACAGCUGCUCUUGCCGCUGCAAGUUCCAUUCCAUUAGGAUCAAUGGGAAAGUGGAUUGAUUCCCUUAUGAAGAAUUAUGAAGAUGCAGUCAAAGCACAAAAGAAUAUCCUUAUCCUUAUGAAUGUGGGCACUUAUAUAACUAUUAAGGAUUUGGACAGCAUUAGGAUUCUAAUUGAUCGUUUGGAAAUCGAGGUUGAAUGGCUAUUGAAAACUGUGGACUUUGCAAUCAAUGAAGAAUCUGUAAAAUUUGCAGUGGAAGAGAUCAAGAAAAAAUUAGACGUGCUUAUGAAGAAUACCGAGGAUUUAGGUGUUCAAGCUGAUGUUUCUAGCCAAGAUAUUCGGAUGGCUCGGACUAUUAUUCUGCAAAGGAUAAUAAAACACCCCAACCAUUGAAGAUUUGAUGACAUCUAGUGGGUACUAUACUGACCUUAAGCUGGAGACUUUUCUUUAGUGAUGUUUAUGAUGAAAAACGUCAAUAACUUGUAACUUUGAUUUGGAACAUAAAUUAUGCAACAGAAUACAUGUUAUAUGCGAUUAAGAAUAAUUGGAUUCUUUCAUUUA